AUGGCCACCCUAGAAAAUCGCGGCAUCAUAAAAACAGCGCAAUAUCAUGCCUCCCUUGCUGAAAUUCCGAUCCCAGCGCUAAGACCGGAGUAUAUCCUCGUCCGCACCAUAGCUGUAGCUCUGAAUCCCACAGACUGGCAGACUGUCGAUGAGGCGCUGAAGGAUGGGACGCCGUAUACCCUUCUUGGGUGCGAUGCUGCUGGAAUCGUUGUUGAAGUCGGGAGUAAGGUGACGAAGGAUUUCAAGGUUGGGGAUAGGAUCGCGGGGAUGGCACACGGAGGAAACGAUCUUGAGCCCCAAGACGGCACCUUCGCAUCGUACAUCCUUGUGAAAGGCGACAUAGCAAUGCAUAUCCCGCCGAACCUCUCCUUCGAGGAAGCAGCCACGCUCCCCUGCGGUCUCGCAACCGUAGCACUGGCUUUAUACAAGCAUCUCUCCCUACCACUCCCUGAUUUUCCCAUCAACCAGGAAGAGAAGAAAGACGGGCGGGCGAUUUUGAUUUACGGCGGCAGCACAGCGACCGGCACGCUCGCCAUCCAGUUUGCGAAACUAUCUGGAUUACAAGUCCUCACCACCUCCUCCGCGCACAAUUUCUCCCUCCUCAAGAGCCUAGGAGCAAAUCACGUGAUCGAUUAUGUUCCCCCCAGCGCGACCCCUCGUGUGGCUCUAAACUCAAUGCCCUCACCCAAAAUAACCCUUACCAUAGUCCUCGACACGAUCGCCACUCCCUCGUCCGCGGAAAUCUGCGCCCAAGCCCUAUCCUCCUCACACUCAACUUCAACCCCAAAGCAGUCAAUUUACGUCAACCUAAUGGACAUCCCGUUCCCGCGCCCGGAAUCAGAGGUCAAAAACGUAUUUUUGCUCGGAUACACGGCUACGGGCGAGGCGUUCGAGAUUGAAGGGGAACGGUGGGAAGUUGUGCCUGAGGAUUGGGAGUUGGCGAAGAGGAUGAUAAGGUUGGCUGAGGGGUUGGUCGAAGAGGGGAGGGCGAAGGCGCAUCCGGCGAAAAUUAUGGAAGGCGGUUUAGAGGGGACUUUGGGGGGCAUGCAGAUGUUGAAGGAGGGGAGGGCUAGUGGUGUGAAGUUGGUUUAUCGGGUUGGUGAGCUUUGAGCAGUAGUAAGAAGCGGCGGAAAGAUUGAAGCGAGCUCGCUCAAAAAAUUAUGCAAAAAUAAAAUUCGCACCCACCAAAGCAUGCAUGGCCUACUUCCAGGCUUCCAAAGGUUUAAGAAGCAAAAGAAAUCCUUUUGGACCAAGAAACUCAGCUUUCGCUUGGUUUACUUGUGGCAGAGCAUCUCAUCCUCACACGCCGUUACUCAAGUUACCACAUUGGUAGAUAGUUUCGCUACCGCAGUAGAAGUUAGAGCCGGGCACAUACUAUGUAUGUCCAGAAACUUAACUUGCGCUAAGCUUACGACUAGAGACUUCUUAUUGACAAAAUUGCUUAUUUCAAUAUAUAAGGCCUACAGGAAAGCGCCAGGCCGUGCACGUGAAGACACGUGAGGAGCAAAAUAAAAACAUGCCCCUAAAUCGAAACAAAUCCCACCAACCCGGUUUACGAAUCGAGAGAAGCAACAUGUUUU